AUGCAGUAUGUGACGGAAGACGUAAGCGACGACGAUGAGCCAGAAGAUGAUGGCGAUGAUGAUGGAGAUGCCGAAGUGGAUGAACAUGAUGACGAUGAGGAUGAGGAGCAGAACGUCGAGGAUGAUUUUGACGAUGAUGAUGAUGAUGAUGACGAUGACGGAGAAUUUGGCGGUCGCAAAACGCGCCGGCGGCGCUCGCGCCGAGGCGGUAGCCAUACGAAUGGAUGGAGUACAGCCGUUCGCAUGUCCAGUCGGCAUUCCACCAAAGUGACAAAUUACGCCGACGACUACCAUGGCAUGUCUGAGGAUGACCCGUUUGAAGAUGAAGUCGACUCUUACGAGCAAGAGACAGCUGAGCCAGCUGAGCAACUGGACCAAAUCGAAGGAGUGUUUGGCCAUGAGCGUGAUGAGGCAUUCAAGGACGACGAGGACGACGAGCCAACGAGAAAUAUGCGCUUCGUGAUCAAAUGGCGUGGCUACUCUCAUCUUCAUAACACGCAUGAGUUGUACGAGUUUUUGCAGCGUUUCCCAGGAGCAAAACGCGUGAGCAAUUAUAUCAAAGCUGUUUGGCAGCCGAUGCAUGACAUCUCGACGAACCCGCAUGCUACGCGCGAGGAUCUUGAGGCACUUCAGAUCCAGCGUGAGCGGCAGCGUGCGCUACUGGAGAGUUUUCGCACCGUUGAGCGUGUCAUUGCUCAGCGCGAUAAUCCACCUACGAAAGAAGUGCCAUACACUCACACCCAGUACCUGUGCAAAUGGAAGGAGCUCGGUUACGACCAAUGUUCUUGGGAGUCUGAGGACGAUGUCGCCCCCAUUGCACGUGCUCAGAUUGACGCAUACCUGGCGCGAGCCACGUCUGUGACUGUGCCAUCGCGCAGCGAGUCGUUUAGCCGUGGUCGUCCACCGUACGUGCGUAUGACGGAGCAGCCCAAAUACAUUGGCGAGCAUGGCACGCUCAAGGAUUUCCAAAUGACAGGCCUUAACUGGCUGGCGUACUUGUGGAGUCAUGCGGAAAAUGGGAUCUUGGCUGACGAAAUGGGCCUGGGAAAGACCGUGCAAACGGUUGCCUUCUUUUCCUACUUGUUCCACACGUGUUACCAGUAUGGACCGUUUCUUGUGGUCGUGCCUCUAUCGACGCUCCCAUCGUGGCUCUCGCAGUUUGAGCAGUGGGCACCGGACAUGAAUGUUGUUGCUUACACAGGCAACUCGCAGAGCCGUGAAGUGAUUCGCGAGUAUGAAUUUGGCCCGCCGCGCAAAAUGCGGCUGAAUGUCCUUUUGACAACGUAUGAGUUCAUCUUGAAGGAUCGGGCCGAGCUGAUGCCGAUCAAGUGGCAGUUCCUCGCAGUCGACGAGGCACACCGCUUGAAGAAUGCCGAGUCGCUUUUGUAUGAGUGCUUGAGCUCGUUCCACUGUGCAGGCAAGCUUCUGAUCACUGGUACGCCGUUGCAGAACAAUGUGCGUGAGCUAAGUGCGCUGCUUCAUUUCCUGCGGCCGGACCAGUUUGAUUUCGAAGUGGACUUUGACAUUUCGAAUGUCGAUCAGAACAAGAUCCAGGAAUUACACGAACGCCUUGAAAAUGUCAUGUUACGUCGUUUGAAGCGUGAUGUUGCCAAGGAGCUGCCGACGAAGUCCGAGCAGAUUCUGCGUGUGGAAAUGUCGGCAAUGCAGCAGCGCAUGUACAAGGCUAUUUUGACGCGCAACUACUCCUUGCUGAGUGGAAGCCAUUCCACGCAAUUCUCUUUGCUGAACAUUGCUGUCGAGUUGAAGAAGGCAUCAAACCAUCCUUAUCUCUUUGAUGGCGUCGAGACGCCGACCAACAGCCGCGAGGAAACGCUUCGCGGCCUGAUCAUGCACAGUGGUAAAAUGGUCUUGCUUGACAAGCUUCUUGCACGACUUAAAGCCGAUAACCACCGUGUGUUAAUCUUCAGUCAGAUGGUCCACAUGCUAGAUAUCCUCUCUGACUACCUGAGCCUUCGGGGUUACGUGCACCAGCGGCUUGAUGGCACGGUCUCUUCGGACACACGCAAGCGAGCCAUCGAUCACUUCAAUGCUCCACAGUCGCCGGACUUUUGCUUCCUCCUCUCGACACGUGCUGGUGGACUUGGCAUCAAUCUAGAGACCGCCGACACGGUGAUCAUCUUUGACAGCGACUGGAAUCCACAAAACGACCUUCAAGCCAUGUCGCGUGCGCACCGCCUCAACUCCAAGUUCCAUAUCAACGUCUUUCGCUUCCUGACGAAGGGCACUGUUGAAGAAGACGUGCUUGAGCGGGCAAAGCAAAAGAUGGGCUUGGAAUAUGCCAUCAUCAAUCAGAUGGACACGUCCGGCACGAACUUUGCGCCCAAGUCGCUGUCGAAGUCGUCGCAGAACUUUAGUCGCGAGGAGCUCGGUGCCAUUCUCAAGUUCGGGGCACAGAGCAUGUUCAAGAGCGACGAAGAUGGUCAGCAGAAGAAGCUGGACGAAAUGGAUCUUGACGAUAUCUUGCAGCAUGCCGAAGCGCGCGACACAGAGGCCGAUAGUAAUACCGCGUCGUCUGGUAGCCAGGCAUUCUUGCAGCAAUUCGCUCAGGUCCAGGACUUCAAGGCGGAUGACGUGUCCUGGGACGAUAUCAUUCCGUCGGAGGAUCGGGCCAAAGCCGAGGAGGAAGAGCGGCAACGAGCGGUGGAAAGCGCAAUGGCCGCGAGCUCGUCGCGCCGUCGCGCAGCCGUGGCGUCCAGCGAGGCUACGGCUCAUGUCACUGCGACUGAAGAUGGCUCGGGCGAUGCCGGCACGUCGACGACAUCCAAGUCCAAAGGCAAUGCAGGGAAUAGCAGCAGUGGCGGCAAAGUCACCCGCAAGACGUCCGGCCAGCGCUCGCUCGAGCUGAAGGAACGUGACUUGCGUGUCUUACUGCGAGGCAUCCAGCGUUGGGGUGACAUUCGAUAUCGAUACGAUCAGAUUGUGUCAGAAGGCAAGCUCAUGGACAAGAACCGCUCUGUACUCAUGCAGGCUUCGAAAUGA